CAUGUGACGUCCAUGAAGAUGGCGCAUCCAACGGUAUAUCGCAGAUUUCUGAAAAUGUCUUACACCUCAAGACCAGUUUGGACCGGCGGACAAUAUCACGAACUGCUAGCCUAAUUAUUAUCUAAUGAGUCAACCCUACCGCCCGAACCCGAUAUUGCAGCGUUGUCGUUCAUUCAGAUUCCGACUUGGUACAGAGCUAUAGGCUAUGACUAACCACGAAAUAAAUAAAUAAAUCGUUGGGGGAAAAAAACUAUUCCCGUUAUCGAGAUGCUGCUGCAAUAAUAGCAUUUGGAGAUUAGAUUACAGUGUGUGUUGGGUAGGUGGAUACGGAGACCGCAUCAGUGUGUGAGACGGCGAGCAGUGUAGAAGAGGGGAUAAAGGAAUCACGGACUAGAUAUUGGUGGUCCUUUUGUGUUCUAGCCUAUAAUAGCCUAUAUUUCUAUCGAGAUGUAGCCUAGUCCAGUUCAAUAAGGAGCCGGGAACAUUCGUAUAUCUUUCAUUUGGCUACAUCCUCCCACGGCAUCGACAGAAUGAGGCUUGGUCUCCUGGUGGGAAAAUAACAAAAAAUCCGAAGAUGUGGAUACCGACAGAAGAGGAAAAAAUCGGAGUUGUGAUCUGCAACUUCCGGGCCUCGGUAUGUCAGGCCCUGGUCCUGGAGAUAGGAGAGACUGUGCAGAUCCUGGAGAAGAGUGAAGGCUGGUACAGAGGGUUUUCCACCAAGAAGCCUUCCAUCAAGGGUAUAUUCCCAUCCAGCUAUGUCCACCUGAAGAAAUCCACAGUCACCAACCGAGGGCUGUGUGAGACGGUUGUGCCUCUGGAAGACCCUAUCAUCACUGAGACCACCUCUGCCCUGCAGGAAUGGGGCGUGCUCUGGAAACAGCUCUAUGUGAAGCACAAGGUAGAUCUAUUUCUCAAGCUGCGUCACGUGAUGAAUGAGCUCAUUGAUCUGCGCCGGCAGCUCAUCCUGGGUCACCUGGCCCAGGACCAGACCCGAGAGAUCAAACGACACAUCACUGUACGCCUGGACUGGGGCAACGAGCAUCUUGGCUUAGACCUUGUUCCUAGAAAGGAGUUUGAAAUGGUGGAUCCGGAUCAUAUCAGUGUGUCUGAACUCUACAAAAUGCACGCCUCCAGCAGACACUGUGGCCAGCCAAGCACAAACCAGUGUUCGUCGUCCUCCGUUCGUUCUCAGGGCGACAGCGCGCGUCAGCGCCAUGGAGACGGUUGCCGCGUUCCGGUGCAGCACCACCUCUUCGUCAACCUGAAAAGCUUCACCUACAACACCAUAAGUGAGGACGCGGACGUUUUCUUCUCCCUCUACGACACCCGAGACAACAAGCCAAUCAGUGAAAAGUUCAUGGUGAGACUGAACAAAAAUGGAGGACCAAAAAACCCAGAGAAAGUGGACCGCCUGUGUGCUCUGUUCACGGAUUUGAGCAGUAAAGACCUGAAGAGAGACCUGUAUAUUGUGGCACAGGUCAUACGGACUGGUCGUAUGUUGUUGAACGACUCCAAGAAGGGUCCGCCGCAUGUGCAGUACCGGAGACCGUACGGCUGUGCUGUCCUGGCCAUGAGUGACGUGUUCCACACCAUCACUGACCUCAAAGAGGAGAAGGACUUUGUCCUCAAAGUUUACACAUGUAACAAUGAGAACGAGUGGUUUCAGAUCCACGAGAACAUCAUCCGCAAGUCCAGCACCAAGUACUCUGCUCCUAGCACCAACUAUGGCCUCAUCAUCUCGCUGCAGUUGCUUCGAGGGGAGCUGGAUCAGAUCCGGAGGGAGAACCAGACAGUGUUCACCAGGGCCCUGGCCAUCACGCGCAAACUGGGCUUCCCUGACGUCAUCCUGCCAGGUGACACUCGCAACGACCUGUAUCUGACCCUGGAGCGAGGGGACUUUGAGAGGGGCGGCAAGAGUGUCCAGAAAAACAUUGAGGUCACAGUCUAUGUGCUUUAUGCCGAUGGGGACACACUCAAGGACUGUAUCAGUCUGGGUAAUGGCGAGCCCAACACGAGUGAGCACCGCUCUUUCGUCCUGUACCACAACAACAGCCCUCGCUGGAGUGAGAUGAUCAAACUCCCCAUCCCCAUAGACCGCUUCAGAGGCUCACACCUGCGCUUCGAGUUCCGACACUGCUCCACUAAAGACAAAGGAGAGAAAAAGCUUUUCGGUUUUGCCUUUACUCCUUUGAUGAGGGAGGAUGGGACAACGCUGUCAGAUGAGAGCCAUGAGCUUUAUGUCUACAAGUGUGAUGAGAAUGCAACGUUCAGUAACCAGGGACUGUACCUGAGCAUGCCCUGCUGUAAGGACGACUUCAACAGCUGUCCCAACCUUCCCUCCAGUCUGCCUUUCCAGAGGAACCCCAAGGAGACCUUCUGGGUCUCCACACAGCUUUGCUCCACCAAGCUCACCCAAAACGUGGACCUCCUUGCCCUGUUGAACUGGAAAGCCCAUCCUGACAAGGUGUUGGACAUCCUGGGUAGACUACGCCACAUCAACGGAGAGGAGAUUGUCAAGUUCCUGCGAGAUGUCCUGGAUACACUGUUUGGUCUCCUGGAUGACAACACGGAUAAAUACGGACCACUGGUUUUUCAGUCUUUGGUGUUUAUCAUCAACCUUCUCAGGGACAGUCGUUUCUACCACUUUCGCCCAGUCAUGGACGCCUACAUACAGAACCACUUUGCAGGAGCCCUGGCCUACAAAGAGCUGAUACGCUGUCUGAAGUGGUACAUGGACCGCUCUGCAGAGGUUGUCAGGCAGGACCACAUCCAGGAAGCCAUGAGGGCCCUGGAGUACCUGUUUAAGUUCAUCGUCCAGUCUCGGAUCCUGUACUCGCGGGCGACCUGUGGUAUGGAGGAGGAGCAGUUCAGGGCCAGCAUCCAGGAGCUUUUCCAGUCCAUUCGCUUUGUGCUGAGCCUGGACAGCCGCAGCUCAGAGACCCUGGUCUUCACACAGUUUAGGGGUGUGAUCAACUGCAUGCCUUUCAAUGGUAGUCAUGCUCCAGGCAUCUCUCCAGUCUCAGCAGCGUUGUUGAACAGUUUCCCAGACAUCUUUGACGAGCUACUGCAGAUGUUCACGGUGCAGGAGGUGGCGGAAUAUGUCCGGGGCACCUUGGGCAGCAUGCCAAGCACGGUGGACAUCGGUCAGUCCAUGGAUGUGGUCAAACUGCAGUCCAUAGCCCGCACCGUUGAGAGCCGACUCUUCUUUUUCCCUGAGUCUCGUAGUAUCUUGUUACCGGUGGUCUUGCAUCAUAUCCAUCUGCACCUUCGCCAGCAGAGGGAGCUGCUCAUCUGCUCAGGAAUCCUGACCAGCAUCUUCUCCAUCAUCAAGACCAGUUCUAUGGAGUCUUCUGUGCAGGAGGAGGUGGAGAUGAUGGUGGAGAGCCUGUUGGAUGUUCUGCUCCAAACUCUGUUGUCCAUCAUGUCCAAGUCUCAGUCUCUGGAGACAGCCAGGGGGCAGCGUUGUCCUCAGUGCACUGCUGAGAUUACGGGGGAGUACGUGUCCACUCUGCUGUCGCUACUCAGACAGAUGACAGAGAUCCACUUCCACCAUCUGCUCAACAACUUCCACAGCAAAGAGGAGCUCAAGGAGUUCCUGUUGAAGAUCUUCUGCGUGUUUCGGAAUCUGAUGAAGCUCACCAUCUUCCCCAGAGACUGGAGUGUCAUGAGGCUUCUGACCAGUCAUGUAAUUGUGACCACUACACAAUACCUGUCCCCAGCAUUACACAAGAACUUCUCGGAGGCAGAUUUUGACUUCAAGGUUUGGAACUCCUUUUUCAGCCUGACGGUCCUGUACAUCAAUCAACCCAGUCUACAGCUGGAAUCUUUGACCCAGGCCAAGAGGAAGAAAAUCCUGGAUAAAUAUGGUGAUAUGAGGGUCAUGAUGUCUUACGAGCUCUUCAGCAUGUGGCAGAAACUCGGUGAGAAUAAACCCCACUUCAUCCCUGGAAUGAUGGGCCCGUUCCUGGGAGUGACGCUCGUGCCUCAGAGCGAGGUCCGAAAUAUCAUGAUCCCCAUCUUCCAUGACAUGAUGGACUGGGAGCAACGGAAGAACGGCAACUUCAAACUGGUGGAAGCGGAGUUGAUGGACAAGCUGGAAAGCAUGGUGGCUGAUGGGAAAGGAGACGACAAUCACAGGGAGCUCUUCGGCCUGCUGACCCAGUUGUUUGGGCCUUACCCCAGCCUUCUGGAGAAAAUCGAGCAGGAGACUUGGAGAGAGACCGGCAUAUCGUUUGUCACUUCCGUCACGAGACUGAUGGACCGGCUACUAGAUUACAGGGACUGUAUGAAAGGAGAUGAGAUGGAGAACAAGAAAGUGGGUGGCUCUUCCAAUCUCAUGAACUUCUACAAGUCCGAGAUCAACAAGGAGGAUAUGUACAUCCGUUACAUUCACAAACUCUGUGACCUGCAUCUGCAAGCCGAGGACUACACUGAGGCAGCGUUUACCCUGCUGCUGUACUGGGAACUGCUACACUGGGAGGACCGGCCCCUGAGGGAGUUUCUCCAUUACCCCACACAGAGCGAAUGGCAACGCAAAGAGGGCCUCAGCCGCAAAGUACUCCAUUACUUUAACAAGGGAAAGUGUUGGGAAUAUGGAAUAUCACUCUGCAGGGAAUUGGCUUUCCAGUAUGAAACCUUAUAUGACUACCAGAGCUUGAGCUGGAUACGGAAAAUGGAGGCUGCAUACUAUGACAACAUAAUCGAGCAGCAGAGGAUUGAACCUGAAUUCUUCAGGAUGGGUUUCUAUGGUAGAAAGUUUCCUUUUUUCCUGAGGAACAAGGAGUUUGUGUGCCGGGGCUAUGACUACGAACGUCUGGAAGACUUUCAGCAGAGGAUGCUGGGAGAAUUCCCUCAGGCCAUCGCCAUGCAGCACCCCAACCAACCAGACGAUGCCCUACUACAGAGUGACGCUCAGUACCUGCAGAUCUACGCGGUGACCCCAGUGUCAGACAUCACCGACGUGCCUCAGCUGGAGCGCGUACCGGAGAGGAUAAAGAGUUUCUACCGCAUCAAUAAUGUCACCCGCUUUCACUAUGACAGGCCCUUCCACAAGGGACCUAAGGACAGGGACAACGAGUUCAGGAGUCUUUGGAUCGAGAGAACCACUCUGAUUCUUGCUCGUCCACUUCCUGGAAUCUCCCGCUGGGCUGAGGUCGAGAAGAGAGAACUGGUGGAGGUGAGCCCUCUUGAAAAUGCCAUCUACGUGGUGGAGAACAAGACCCAGGAGCUACGCACCCUGAUCAGCCAGUACCAGCACAGGCAGCACCAUGGCAACAUCAACCCCCUCAGCAUGCUGCUCAACGGGGUCAUAGACGCUGCCGUGAACGGGGGCAUUGCCAGAUACCAAGAGGCAUUUUUUGAUAAGGACUAUAUUAACAGCCACCCAGAGGACUCGGAGAGGAUCACUCAGCUCAAAGACUUGAUGCAGGAACAGGUUCACAUCCUUGGAGUGGGGCUAGCUGUCCACGAGAAGUUGGUGCACCCAGAAAUGCGUCCAUUGCACAAAAAGCUGAUAGAUCAGUUCCACAUGAUGAGGACUGGCUUACACCACUGCCUAUAUGUGACCCAACAGGGGUUGUCAGCCGCCUGUACCGGAGUGACGUCUCCCAGAGGCAUCCUGAACACCCACAGCUACAUGAGCCCAGAGAGUGUCCGUCUGAUUCACAGGCACAGCCCUAUGAACCUGCAAGGUUCUAUUCGCCAGUCGUCCUCCUCCCUUUCUUCUCACACCUCUAGUGAGGCAGGAGGGAACCUUGUUAUCAUGACAGAUGGUCUGAUUGGAGAGCACACUGAGGACACGGCUCACAUGCAGCCAAGCCCGUCUUCCUCCAGUCUGAGCUCAGUUCGCUCCACCUCCUCCCAGGUUAUCAACUCUGCCCCUUCUAGUGCCAGAGGUUCUCCGUCCCUGCCGGAUAAAGUCAAACACAACCGGGAGGUGAUGAUGCUUCUACCGCCUUAUCAGAGAGCAAACAACACCAUGUACUACACCAUGGCUGAGAACGGACAGAGCAACCAUCUGCAGCGUGCCUUACUCCAACAAGUGAGCUCCUGUAAGCCGUGCGCUGACCCUCACAUGGGCUUGCCAGAGAAAGUGUUUCCCAGUGCUCCCAGCAGCUGGAGUCUAGAUGGGGAGGGCAGGGAGGCGGUGCCCUAUGUCCAGGGAACGACGGGGGGCGUCGUUAUGCCCCCCAUCCCACCCAGGUCCUUUCCUCCAGGUCACUUCCUGAUGCACUUCGAUGCGUUCCACCACCAGAACAGUGACCCGCCUCCGGCACUUCCUGUCCGCUCUCUGAGAAAGUCUCCUCUCCACCCCAUUCCCGGCUCCCCGACUAGUCCUCAGUCAGCCCUGGGGGGGAGUAACUCCACCCUGUCGGGCAGCGCCAGCAGCGGGGUCUCCUCUCUGAGCGAGAGUAAUUUUGGCGGCCAGUACCCCGAGGCCCAGACCGUGCGAAAUGACGCCAUGGAGCCCGUCCCGAGCCACCUCUGGACCCCCGAUGAAUACCUGGCCUCUCCCUACCUGCACAUCCACUACAGCGGCCCGGAGCCAUCGGAGUCCCUCGACCAGGUCCGACCCUUCCACUACCGCAAUCCCGUCUCCCACGCGCCCCACACGCACCCCCACCUCCACCCCCAGCCGGCCGGCCUCGACUGCCACCCUCACUCCCAUGGCCCCCCCCCACCACCAGGCGGCCCUCCACGGCCCCCACCACGUUCCGUACCGGCGCCCCCAGCCCCCGGCCGUGCCCCCCAAGCCGUACCUGAGGGAGGGCUGCAUCCCCGAGGAGGACCUGAGCUCCCUUGUGCCCCAGCCUGUCCCGCUUCCCCGGAGGAUCUUCCACUCCCCUCACAGUCACAGGGAGGAGCAGGCCAAGGCGGCCUGGGAGCAGUGCAUCAGCGAGGAACACGAGGAUACGCCGUGAGGAGACCGGCUGGCUCCAUAGUCUAUUACUGUAUAUUAUAGUAGUAGAGCGCUGGGGCCACUUGGAGAUCUCACACACCUCAGUGCUUCUUAAUAGUCCGACGCGGCUCCCAUCCCUCUUGUCCCCUUGAAAUCACCUGCAUCAAUGUGAUAGAACUUUGCCUGGACGAAUCAAGUGCUUACAUUGUGUAGGCAUUGGCCAUAUUGCUUCCUCGAUUGGAUCCAUUCCAUGUUUUUAUAUCAGCGCAGAUGAAGGGGAGGGAAACGAGAGGAAGCCACUUUUGACUAUGGAGACGCGCCUUCAUUCUCCUCCCUGUAUUCAGAUUGUCUGAUUCUGAAUCGACUAGGGAGUCUUGAAAGGGAUUAAUAAGGGAAUAUUAUCGGUCAGACAGGAUGACUGAUAAUGAUGACUUUGUUUAAAUUGAUAUUGAUUGUACACUAUUGUACAACUAGUCUGUGAGCAUGUUUUGUUUCUUUUCAUUUGAAAACAAUAUACAGUUUUGUGCAACAUGACGAUCCUGAUCAACACAAUCCUUGUCAGUGUGAUCAACACCAUUCAGUCCCAACGUGGAUUCCUCUUCCCUUUUCCACGAUGACAGGACAGUACAGAAAGUUAGAAAGAAAAGAUUCUUAAUGAUGUUGAUUUUCUUUGCUUUCAAUUCUUUAAAUUAGGGAUGCACCAAUAUAUCGGCAAGCAGUCAAUGUCGGCCGAUUAUAGGCAAACGUAAUAAUCGGUGUUGGCCGAUUGCUUUAAAUUUGCCUGAUAUUUUAGACAGAUUGUGCUUUCCGGCGUUUCCGCGUUUACUCUACCCCAUUGUGACAACAAUGACAAUGACAGUCAUUCCUGACAUCAACUCUUUGUUAGACACAUGCAUUGCAUUUUUUUGUGAGAAACACAGAGCACACAGUCCUCUUAUGUCAGAGCCAGAGAAUGAAUCCAUCACCCUCUUUGCACACCAGCUGCAUGAACAACCUCAGGGUGUGCGUGGUCCCCAGUAGGGAACCAGUGUGCAUUAGCCUACCGGACUGGAUUGUUAAAAGAUUAAUUUGCAGCACAAGAUACUUUUCACCUGAAAAUCUAGCAAGGACAUCAAAUUACUACAGGACAUUCUGAUUCUAGUUUGCUUGGGAGUGGCGGUAGACAGACUUUCAGGCGCUGCUGAACAUUUAUUGAUCUGUGAGGUUUUGGUUUAGGGUAGACUCAGGUGAGGUCACAAGGUUUUUUUGUAAAUUAACCAGCAAUAUACCAGAUUACUUGUUACUAGAGAGAGUUGUAUUCUUUUUUUGAAACAUUACACUGCAUACUUGCUUGUUUUGUGUUUUAUGGUGUAAAGGGAUGUUGGCUGGCUACCAUAAUGAGAGGCUGGUAGAUUUUGAAUACACCUGGCACAUUUUGCUGGUGAACCCAAAAGUAAACUUGAUGCCCUGCCUAGAGAAUUAACAACUAUGUCAGGGUACUAAAGGAUCUUCAGAAAUACAGCAAAUGUAAACAAAUAAAUAGCUUCUUAGCAAUUUCCCUAUGCCAACAAUGGCAUUUGUUAAUGCAGUUUUGAGAGUUAAAUACAUUACCUAUCUAAUUUACUAUACUUAUAUCCAGUCAUUGAAUAAUAUACAAUUACAGAAAAGAUUCCCUUUAUAAUUUAUACAUUUUCCUUUCAUUAACAUUCAUUAUCAGACUUAUUUUUUGUUAUUAUAAAUAUAUAGAAAGAUAACUUUUGUAUGACUGAAUUUACAUUUGCUGAAAUAUGUAGUAUCAUUAUUCAUGCCAGGGUACACAGGGACAGGAAUAACGAAACACUGCUAUUGGCUGCGGGCAAUUGCGGCAUGCGAAUAUCUGCGAUUGGUAUCAGCCAAUCAUUGUCUUAUUGGUGCAUCCCUACUAUAAAUAAACAUUUACCAAUCCUCCGUCCCUUCUGCUACCUUGUUCCCAUUGAAAGUGGGUCUGUUAUUUGGACCUGGGUCACUCUGAUUGACCCAAACCUCAAGGGACGCAAACCUCAGUCUAGGAUUACCCUUUCAUACGGUAACCUAGGUACGGUAAACCAAUGUGAAUGUAUUCAAACAAGAUGUGCUCUUUGUAUUAAGCAAGUGGCAGGUCUUCUUUUCUGUUCAAGUGCUUUUAUAUUUAAGUGAUGUCUUUAUUACAGUGUUCUUGUCUUUUGUAUGACGGAUACAAACAUCUCAUGAGAGAAGUGUGAGUGCUACCAAGACUGACCGAGCUGAUGAAUCAAAAUCCUUAGUAGGGGUACAAGAAAGGGCUGGACAUUACAAGUGCAUCGGUUAGUUCUGGAACAACAGUUUCAAUGUUAUUUCCAUUGGGCGAGGCACACUCAGUAUGACUGGAUUGUUCCCUGGAUGGUGGGGAAGAAGAUGACAGAAAACACAGUGAGGAGUACGAUAAGUACAAUUAAUGAUUCAGCAGUACCUCAAUCAACAACUGAACUAACUACAACUCAGAAAAAAAAAAAACAAGUCACUCUCUCACUCUCUGCUUCUACACGUUUCAGGUCACUUUCAACAAACGAGUACUAUAUAGACUGAUGUCAGUAUCAUUGCUUCUUUCUGAUUAGCUGAACCCCGCCCCCCUACUGCCCAGCCGCUCUGCAGGUCAAAUGGCAUAUCCAAACUCCCUUCCGACAGCGUUCUAAACGCCUACCUGCCUUAAGUGCACUGAAAUGCAGUAUCAGUCUCCCGCUCCGCCGCUCGACCGGUUCUGAAACGACCGCUCUAGUCCCCCCCCCCCCCCCCCCCACGUUCUCCACGCUCUCCGGACAAACCUGUUAAUGUUAGCGUGUUAUCCGUUUUGUUCCCGCCUUGGUUGAAAAAUGUUUGAUUUGUGAUGCUACAGUAUGCUUAGUUCUGCCCGCAACACUCCUUCACCCUGCGAUCUACGACAGGGACCAGGACCACAGGGUUGAUCUCCUUGGGGAAUGAAGGUACCACACGGUUUUCAGCAGUGUGAUGUUUCAUUCACCCGUGGGUUGGAAGGUGAUGGUUUCUGCCCCAGCAGACAGACUAUGUUUUCCCCAGUUGUCUUCUGCAGGUGAAUGCUUCGCUGUGUUCUUGUACAUCAGGUUGCCCACUGAUCAGGCGACCUCUAUUUUUGUACGCAGGUUCAUCCGUUCUGAGGACUUAUUUCACAGAUGUACCGUGAAAGGAUCCAAUGUAUGUUUUGCAGACUGCGGAGUUAGGAAAGAGCUGUGCUAUCGAUCAACUUUAACAUGAAAGUCUGGUGUAGGAGGAAGCUGGUGAAGUUGGUGAACAGAGGAGAGAUAGUCUGAUCAAAAUUAGGUACAAUAGCAUUUUUCACUGUAAAUUAUGUUACUGUACAUAAAGCCGGUAUUGUGAAAUAUUUUUGAGAAUUAUAGCAGACCCCAAAAAAUCCCCAAAAAAUGACUGUAUCGUUGUUGUUUUGUGUAAAUACAUGUACUCCUGAAAUAGAUGUAAUUGAUAAAUAUCUAUAAUCAAUGUUUAAAGAAGACAAAUCAAUAUAGACUGUGGUUGUCUGCAUUGUUCUUCACUUCAAGUCUUCAAAUAUAAAUACUUUAUACACUUUUCAAUGUGCUUUCUUGUACAUAUGGUGUUAGCAUGAUCAAACAGUGUUUGGUUGUAAAAGUGGUUUUCCUACUCCCAUAACUGCUGUGGUAUGGAUUCAUUAACAAUGCCAAACAUUAAAGACAAUCUUUUAUCAGC